AUGUACAAAUCAAGACUGCAGGAACUCUGCCAGAGAUCGAGCUGGGAGUUGCCGGAGUACAAAACCGUCGGGGAUGGCCCCAGUCACAUGCCUCGCUUCACCGGCGCCGUAACUGUACACGGCCAGAUAUUUGAGACUCCGCGGCAAUGCAAGUCUGCUAAGGAGGCACAGAACACCGCUGCUCAAAUCGCGUUUGAGCACUUCUCCACGCUUCCGCGGCCUCCGCCUGAUGCUCCGGUUGCUCCGCUACCUGAACAGCAGCCGGUUGCUGCAGUUCCUCAGUCACUUCCUCUUUCUUCACUUCUUCCAUCUCGCCCUACCCCUUCUCAUGGUACUUUAAGUAUGUACAAGAACCAACUGCAGCAAUUUGCUCAGAAAAACAACCUCAGUUUCCCCAUUUAUACUACCAAGGCUGAGGGCCCUCCCCAUGCUCGCCGUUUCAAGUCAAGUGUCUCUGUUGGGGAAAAAUCAUUCGUAACAACGGAAUUUUCCUCCACACUGAAGGAAGCCGAACAAGAGGCUGCUAAAGUAGCUUGUCAGGAGUUAUCUGUCGACGUGACUCAACAGGAUGGAGGUUUUACCAAAAAUUUGCUGCAAGAACUUGCUCAAAAAAUGGGUUUUUUGUUCCCAUCAUACGAGACUGUCCAAUCAGGUUUUCCCCAUAAUCCUCUAUUUGUAUCCACGGUCGAGGUGGGGGGUCGUACAUUUCGAGGGGCUGACGCCAAUAACAAAAAGCAGGCAGAGAUGAAUGCUGCUAGAGCUGCUUAUUUUGCUCUUACAGAGAGUAAGCAAUUAAUAGUUUAUGGCGGAGUGGAUUUUGUUAAUGAUAUAUUAAUUCAGUUUAAAUUUUAUUGCGAAAAAACUCAACAUAUACAAGCAAAAAGAGCCAAAUAUACACAUGGAAGCUUGCAUGUCAGUGAUGGUACUAAUGCUCCACCAGGUUCAUCAGAAGGCAAUCAUCGAUCUGAUGACUCGACUUUGAAUCCCAAGCCCGUUUAUGAGCAACCAGUUGAAGAACAGCCCGGUCUCUGCUCGAACACCGUUGUUUAUCCGUGCACAGCGAACCUGCCAAAGCCCGAAUCAGCUUCCAUAUUGCCCUUUAGUGAUGACCGAUGGGUGGCAUGUAAAGUUGAGCAAGACCAUGAACGAACUGAACAUGUGUAG